UCCACAUGAACAUGUAGAUAAGGAGUAAAAAACAUAUUACAGAAUUUAGAAAGUAUUAAUCCCGCUGAGGCAGUGUAUUGACUAAAGGAUAAGAAUACUAAAUACAGGACCAAGAAUGGACAGAGGACUUCUCUUUGUGGCCUCUAUGGUGAUGGGCUGCCUGGCACCAGGUGUUAGUGGAAACGGACAUCUCUCGUUUGCCAAUAAUACGGAGGUGCAUAUCACACGGACAGACUGUGGAUUGACUAAGCUGUGUGUCGAGACACCAGAACAAUGUGAUCCUACAGGAAAAACAAGCUGCCUCUUCGCUUCCAUCGCCACCACCGCCCCCUCUCCUCCUAAUGGAGUAGACCUGUUAGUUGAGCUCCUUGGGGACUCCAGUGGAUACAUCGCUCUAGGACUGACUGCCAACGAGACAGAGGGAACGUCUAUGGUUUUUAUCUGUGCCCAGAACAGAAAUGGCAGUUUCUUCUUCCGCUCUGCCCAGCGCAACAACCUCAACAACACAAUUUCUCUGACACAAAGGAUUGUGAAAAACAUCACUGGCUCAGUCAAUGGGACUUCCAUACAGUGUAAAUUCAUGGUGCCAGCGGUUAAUGCAACAACCAGGACCAGUCACGUCACCACCUUCGUCACCUUCCUCGCUGUGGGAAAUGUCACAAACGGUAUGGGUAUUGGUGACAUCAACAUACGCUUGACCAAUAAACCGUUGAACCUGGCUGACCCUACCAGCAACGUUGCAACAACAACAACAGCAGGCAGCAGCGCAGUCACAUCCCAAGCUGUGAUGGUCCUGCUCAGUGUGCUGAUGUAUCGUCUUUCCUGAAGAGAACCUGAAGGUUAGCCAGCUUCAACACCAAUGGAAAGAGAACCCUUUUACCCUAAAUAUUUGAAGGAAAAUUUACUCCGUAUCUCAGAUGAAUUACUGUUACGUGCAAUGCUACUGUUUAAUGUGGGAUCUUGGUAACUUAAAUGUGUGCGAAAGGGAACAAUUAGAAUGUACGUAUGCUACAGUAAAAGGAAUUAAUUGGUUCAUAAUGUACAGCUGAAGUCAGAAGUCUACAUACACCUUAGACAAAUACAUUUAAACUCAGUUUUUCCCAAUAUUUAAUCCUAGGUCAAUUAGGAUCACCACUAUUUUAAGAAUGUGAAUAAUAGUGAUUUAUUUCUGCUUUUUUCUUUCAUCACAUUCCCAGUGGGUCAGAAGUUUACAUACACUCAAUUAGUAUUUGGUAGCAUCGCCUUUUAAAUUAUUUAACUUGGGUCAAACGUUUCGGGUAGCCUUCCACAAUAAUUUGGGUGAAUUUUGGCUCAUUCCUCCUGACAGAGCUGGUGUUACCGAGUCAGGUUUAUAGGCCUCCUUGCUCGCACUCUUUUUCAGUUCUGUCCACAAAUUUUCUAUAGGAUCGAGGUCAGGGCUUUGUGAUGGCCACUCCAAUACCUUAACUUUGUUGUCCUUAAGCCAUUUUGCCACAACUUUGGAAGUGUGCUUGGGGUCAUGACCCAUUUGCGACCAAGCUUUAACUUCCUGUCUUGAGAUGUUGCUUCAAUAUAUCCACAAUCUUUCAUCAUGAUGCCAUCUAUUUUGUGAAGUGCACCAGUCCCCCCCUGCAGCAAAGCACCCCCACUACAUGCUGCUGCCACCCCCGUGCUUCACGUUUGGGAUGGUAAUCUUCGGCUUGCAAGCCUCCCCUUUCUCCUCUAAACAGUUCUAGUUUUGUUUCAUCAGACCAGAGGACAUUUCUCCAAAAAGUACAAUCUUUGUUGCAAACCGUAGUUCAGCUUUUUUUGGAGCAGUGGUGUCUUCCUUGGCGAACGGCCUUUCAAGUUAUGUCGGUAUAGGACUUGUUUUACUGUGGAUACUUUUGUACCCGUUUCCUCCAACAAGGUCUUUGCUGUUCUGGGAUUGAUUUGCACUUCUCAAAGUACGUUCAUCUCUAGGAGACAGAACGCUUCUACCUGAGUGGUCUCAUGUUUAUACAAACGAUGGUACGCAAGUACAGAUUAACGUGGUAACUUCAGGUGUUUGGAAAUUGCUCCUAAGGAUGAAUCAGACUUGUCGGUCUACAAUGUUUCCCAUGUCAAGCAGAGACACGCCUUGAAAUACAUCCACAGGUACAGCUCAAAGCCAUGACAAUUUCCUGGAAUUUCCCAAGCUGUUUAAAGACAAUUGUUAUGCACAAAGAUGUCCUGAUUUGCCAAAACUAUAGUUUAUUAACAAGAGAUUUGUGGAGUGGUUGAAAAAAGUUAACGACUCCAUCCUAAGUGUAUGUAAACUUCCGGCUAAACACAAUACUGUGCCAAUUUCAUGUUUGUGGAUCCUUUAAUAAAUAGUUAUACCCUC